AUGAGUCUCGCUCCAGUGCCAAAGAAGGUGCUUAGAUCUCAAUUGAAGCAAAUACUGAAUGCAUUGACGCCGCAGGAGAUCCAAGUACAGUCCGAAAGUAUAUCCAAUGCUGUCCAGCCGCUGCUCAAAGGGAAGCGUAAUGUAGGUUGCUUUCUCUCCAUGGACCACGGCGAAGUGGACACGCGCCAUGUCUUGCAGUAUCUGUUUCAGCAGGGCCACUCUGUGUUCUUGCCCCGGUGUACGCAUACCUCUGAUACUGGGCAUCAAAUACUGCGAAGCUCUCAGAGGGAUCACCCACACUUGACUUUCCACAGAAUGGCCAGUCUUCAAGCGAUUCAGGAGUUGAAACCACAGGGGAAGUACCAGUUGAGGGAACCCGCCGAGGAGAUCCCGCAUCCGUCUCCGCCCGCUAUGGAUGUGAUGCUCGUCCCCGGUGUCGCCUUCUGCCUAUCGAACGGUGAAAGAAUCGGAUGGGGGGCAGGCUACUAUGAUGACUUCUUCCAAAGGUACCAGUUGGAACAUAAUGGGGAGAGACCCUUGCUGAUUGCGUUAGCGUUCAAAGAGCAGCUGGUGCCAGCGAUCCCAGUGGAGGCUCAUGAUCACUUGAUGGAUUACAUUGUGUCCGGUGACGGCCUGGUCCAUCGGAUCAAGACACAACAUCCGGUAGAAUAA